UUCUCACGAGCCGGAAAGGACAACGGACCCCUGACAGUCCCUCAGUAGAGCCCUCCCUUCCCCGGCAACCACCCCGCAACCCAAUCCUCCCCUUUUCCUGUACAAAAUCAGAAAACCAAGCUCUAAACUUUCCGAGCAUUCGGUCUCUUGCUUUCUUCUCUUUGUUGUUAGUGCGAGCAGUGGGUAGAGAAAAUGGAUGGAGGAAAAAGAAAUCUGUCAUCGAAGUUAGCCAUCCUUAUCUUCCAUCUCCUUCUCGCUCUCCUAAUCUCGACCACUCCUAUCCAUGCUCUCAACAUCGGCGUCCAGUCCGUCAACUCCGGCAUCACCGCAGUCAGCAUUAUACAAAUAUAUAAAAAAUUCUUCUUCCUCCUUCCUUUUUUUUCUUUUUUUUUUUUCAAUUUUUAUUACUUUACAUUCAUUUUUUUUUCCUGUUUGAUUGUUCCACAGAGCAAGCAGCAGCAGUGCAGCAGAACCUGCGCGUCACAGCACUGCAAUGCUCCUCCAUUUCUGAAAUAUGGAAAAUACUGUGGGAUUUUAUACAGCGGCUGCCCGGGGGAGAAGCCAUGCGAUGCGCUCGACGCCUGCUGCAUGACCCACGACAACUGCGUCGAAUCCAAACACAAUGACUACUUGAAUGUGGAGUGCAACGAGAACUUACUCAACUGCAUCGCUAAGGUGAGAGCUUCCGGGAAGGGAACGUUCAAGGGGAACAAGUGCAUGGUGGAGGAGGUGGUGGAUGUGAUCACUCUGGUGAUGGAGGUUGCCUUGUUGGCUGGGAGGGCUCUUCACAAGCCAUAGCAGAUGGUAUGGUAUGGGAUGAUGCUCCGGGCUCCUCGUUUUCUGAGUGCAUCACAUGGCGUCCUUCAGUCUGUAAUCUUAUCCCAAUUAUUAAUAAGGUGGUUCCUUGUCCUGGAUAGACCCCUGUCUCUGAAAUGCCUCUCUUUUCCCACAAGGGGCCUUUUUUAAUGGGUUUUUGGAAUUGUUGCUGUUAUCUUUCCUGGCAUACUCCUCAAAAAAAAAAAAAAAAAAAAAAAAAAAAAUCUUUCUUGG